AUGUUGAUUGACUAUCUUCCAUUUCUCGAGAGACUACCGGAACGUCUCCAACCAUGGCUUUGGACUGCAAAUGUAUUGCACGCUCGCGAAGACUCUGUUCAUAAAGGCUUUCUGAGAGUCCUUAAGAAGCAGAUAGAGACUGGAGCAGAGUCUUAUUGCUUUGGCGUUGAUGUCUUAAAACUACAAGAGAAGAAUGGGCUUGACGACCAGCUUACGCUAGAGAUUCUGAAGGGAGUGAUUGCUGCUGGCGCCGAAACAACUAGCAGCAUGAUGCAGACUAUCUUUAAAGUCUUGGCCAUGAAUCCCGAGGCCCAGAAAAAGGCACAAGAGGAGCUAGAUCGAGUAGUAGGACCGUUACGGCUGCCGACCUGGGAAGAUAGUCCCAAUCUUCCUUACAUGCGGGCUCUCAUAAAAGAGAUUCAUAGAUAUGCUCCCCUUUUCAGUAUCGGGUUACCACAUGCUUCUACAGAAGAAAUCAGCUACGGAGGUCUCACGAUACCAAAAACAACUGUGUUGCCGAACGUUUUUGCUCUUUCCCGAGAUCCUGAGAGAUAUGACGAGCCUGAUAAGUUUGAACCAGAACGUUUUCUUGGAGACGACCUCGACUCUUUUAGCAGCGCUAAGCAGGCUGAUUAUCGCAAGCGGGAUCAUGUUGACUAUGGAUGGGGCCGUCGAUUAUGUCAAGGCAUUCAUGUCGCCGAAAACUCGAUAUAUAUGCAAGUUUCUCGCCUUCUGUGGGCAUUUGAUGUCUCGACCUUGGCUGGAGAACCACCGUUGGAUCUGCAGGAUAAACACGGCAAGUCUCCUUCCCCAUAA